CCCAAACCGUUGCUCUUUGCAGGGAAGGAGUUUCCGAACGGACUUUUUAGAUGCUCUGUUUCAUGACAGCGUAAACAACCAUAGUGAUCGUUUACAUCAUCGAAUAAGUGCCGAAUUGGCUGAAGGGGGGGUCCUGAGUUUACAACCAAGUUCCGUUCCCACAGCAGCGACGUACGGCAAUUUCGGGUGGAGGGAUGAGUCGCUCCCCUGUGAUUGACACAGAGGUGCCAGAAAUGGCAAAUGGGGUAGCGACACCUCCUUCCUCGGAAAACACUCCUCGUGUCGCAGACUCGUUGAAUUGUGUGCGGCGUAAGGAGAACUUUCCAGAAGAGGGGUCAGAGGAUGCCUCCCACGGACACACAGAGAACCACGUGGGUGCAGAAAUCGGAGUUCAUGAGCGGCGUUGUUUGGACACAGAAAUGGGUCAUUAUUCUCCACAUUCAUCUCAUGAGAUGGACCUCUCCCCCUCUGAGGACACACGCACUGCACACACUGACGACAAUGUCGUCUGUCCUGCGGGCUUGGGCGCUAUGUGGCCUCUGCGGCAGGACCGCUCAGGGAAAGCGCUGUCCGAACAUUCGUCUUGGAGAGGACAUCCAAUCGGCACAGACAUGGACAGUGGAGAGGAGGGGAAAGAGAAACAGGAUGAGGAGGAGGAUGAGAAGAAUGACAAGAAAUGGCGCAAUGAGUCCACGGGAGAGAGAAAGGAGCUCGAGUCGUUACGUCACUACUCCUCCUCAGCACCAGGUCCCAGCACCUCCUCCCCGCCGCCACCUCCUCUUCUCCCCUCCGACGACACCCCCUGUCCCCCUCACGUCAUGGCCCAGGUGUGGGUCCGCAACGUUCGAGGGAUGCAGGACAGCAAGAGCCUGGAUGAGAUCAGCCAAGCGUGUGGAGGUGGAGCAGGGGCCCGGGGGGCAGGCAGAGGCGGCCAAUCCGAGGGUCGACGGGCAACCAUCUCCUCAGCCCUGGAGCUGGAGGGCACAGUCAGCCAUGAGGGAGACCUCACCAAUUUCAUUACCAAGAACCUGGAGCAGAAGAUCAAGAUGAGCUCAAAGCCCAGUCUGGACUGCAGUGACUCGGAUUGUUCAGGUCCCAUCUACCGUAGCCGAGGGUUGUCACGACGACCGGCAGAUAUUCCGCCCAUUGAUCCGAGCGUCCUUGUCGACCUGCAGAAGCACACUCAAGAAGUGGCACGGAGUGUGGAAGUGAUGAUGCGCAGCCUCAAUGGAACCAUCCAGAAUAUGACGGCUCUGAGCGUGGGCUACAUUCAGACAUACAGAGACUCAGUGGACAGCCUGGGGGAGUCUGUGGACAUGAGUAUUAAGGGCAUGUACACACUGAUGGCGCGUUGUGAGGAGUUGGACCGCUCCAUGCGGCCCAUCGGCAUCCUGGCAGCGCAGAUACGAGACAUCAAGCGGACCUUGGACGCGCUGGAGGCCAUCUGCAAGUAACUCCAGCCACCGUUUGUGCCCUGACACCAAACAUACCCCGGGGGUUCCACCUUCCUGCGCUCUUUCCUACUGGGGUCAUCUUUGCGGAGUACCAGGCAUGCUGGAUUAUUUGGACCUUGCUCGUUAUUUAACGAUAAUCACGUUUGUGUUUCGAACCUGAUUCUUUCCAUCGCACUGUUGCGAGACUUUCGAAAAGGAGGAAACGUAUCCGUCCAGUCAGCUUUCUUCAGGUUGCACUAACCUCUCCUUCUCACAUGGAGGGGGGGUGAUGUUUGUCACUUUUGCAAGGACAGUAAUUUUUAUUUUCUUUGGGCUGGGAAGAUUCAAACAAAGUCUAUUUUUAAAAAACUGCAAUAAAGGCACCCAUAUCCUUCACUGCAGGCCAAACGGGGGAAGGUGAGCAUCACGGAAAGCUGCUUGUAUUUAUUUUUAUUUAUUUGGUUAUUAUGUUGCAAACUUGUGUCUUGGAGAUGCCAAAGCGCCAUUUAGCAGACAUGGGCCAUGUUUCUUGAUUGCUAGUCAAAGGAUAAAUGAAAGCUAGUGAUUGAUGUUUCACUGCCCACGAUGUCACACUUUUUGUUAAACUGGUAACCUUAAGACACAUCACAGGUGGCUGCCUGGGUAAUACUUGUUUGUAUUUUGUCAGCCAAUGACAGACACAAUUACAGCUUUGGAGUUAAUGCUAUUAUAACUGUCCAGUACAGGCAAUUCUGUGAUGUUUAUUUUGUUAUUUUUAUGACUAUGAUACUAAGCCACUGCAGUGUCCACCCAAUAAACCACAAAAAAAAAUGGAUUCGUUUGCAGAUUAAUUGAUAACAAAAUGCGCCUUUUGGACCGUGCAAAUGAAAUGUAAAAAAGAAAAAGUGAAUCGCUGCUGCUUCCGUUUGGUUGCAAAGUCACCAGUUUCCUAUCAUGGAGCAUCAUAUAUUGUAUAUCACAUUUCACUCAAUAAAUUCACUUUGGUUGUUGACUCACA